GUCGAUUUAAAAGAAGCGGAACUAACAUCAUAAUUGCGUCAAAUUUCAGUCAUGUACAAGCAUUUUUAAAUACCUAUUCUCGAUAAAUAGCAUGAAUAGAUUAUUAAAAAACAUUUCCAAUGUUUAUCGUCAAGUGAGAGUAAACGGAAGCGCUUUCGAUCGGCACUUUUACCUGAAGAGGCCGGACUCGAGCGGGAAUUCGCCGGGCGUUUCGGGCUCGAAAACCACCGGCAAAAAGGAUUUCAGGCGAAUCAAAAUAAAAUUCCCGCCUCGCGUGGAAGCCAUUUGCAAGAAAUUGAGAAGAGAACGGGAAGAGAAAGAGCGAAAAAAGAAGAAGAACCCGUCUAAAACGAAAAUAAGACGACGUUGAGUGCUACUGGCUGAGUACAUUUCUAGCAAGAGGCCGUUUAGAGACUCACUAUGAAAAUAUUUAACUAACUUUAAAAUUUGCUAAAUUGAUACCUACUUACAUAACAUUAUUUAAGUCUAGGUAACUGGAUAUAUUAAUGGGUCACCCUGUAUUUUUUGGCAUUCACUCUGUACCAAACGGAUUAUGUGUGUAACGGGGUCACGUAAAUUUCUCUUUCUUAAUAAACGGGCGUCCAUUAAUUUAAUUCGUACGCGAAUACAAAGAAACAGUAAAGAGGGAUUUAACGCAAAUUCAAUGUAAACGGGGGAAACACCGACUAAUAAAUAAUUCAAAUAAACUGUACCCUAAAUUUCUGACGACUUUGACU